GAGACACAUGACAGCGAAAGAAGGAAAUAGUCUUGUAUGUUUUCCUUGACAGGCGAAUGUGACAGUCCCAACCAAAACGGCCUGGAUCUAACAGCAGUCGCAUCAGAACAGUUAUACAAAAGACAUUCUUUAUGUGCCUCUGGGAGCAACGUCAGAAUGGCAGAUGACAAGGAUGUGCUGCGAGAUGUUUGGUUUGGUCGGAUUCCUACCUGCUUCACCUUGCAUCAGGAUGAGGUCACCGAGAGAGAGCCUGAACCGUUCUAUCUCCUGUUGCCCAGAGUGAGCUACCUCACGUUGGUCACUGACAAGGUGAAGAAGCACUUCCUGAAAGUGUUGAAGGCGGAGGAUGUGGAGGAGAUGUGGUUUGAAUAUGAAGGAACACCACUCAAAUGGCACUAUCCCAUUGGUGUUCUGUUUGACCUCCAUGCAUCGAACACAGCACUACCCUGGAGCAUCACUCUGCAUUUUAAGAACUUUCCAGAACGUGACCUUCUCCACUGCCUAUCCAACUCUGUGAUCGAGGCCCACUUCAUGUCCAGCAUCAAGGAGGCUGACGCACUCAAACACAAGAGCCAGGUCAUUAACGACAUGCAGAAGAAGGACCACAAACAGCUGUGGAUGGGCCUGCAGAAUGAUAAGUUUGACCAGUUCUGGGCCAUGAACCGUAAGCUGAUGGAGUAUCCCACAGACGAAGGCGGAUUCCGUUACAUCCCGUUCAGAAUAUACCUGACAAUGAGUGACAGACCAUUCAUUCAGAAGCUGUUUCGCCCUGUUUCACCUGAUGGCCACACACACACGCUGGGGGAUCUGCUGAAGGGGGUGUAUCCCACAGCCAUAUCUCAAGAUGACGAGCCCAAGCGGUAUCAGGUGGUGGUCCACGGCAUCGAGCCCCUGCUGGAGACCCCGUUGCAGUGGCUGAGCGAACACCUCAGCCACCCGGACAACUUCCUCCACAUCUGCGUCAUCCCCGCACCCAGCGACUGAGAGCCCGCCAACUGGCCAGCCAUCCCCCACCAGCCCCCCAUCCCACGCCCACCCCACCCUGGGCCCCGGGAAGGGGAGGAUCUACAAAUGAACUCUUUUGGAGCGAGGGGGAGGGGGAGGGGGGGGGGCGGGG